AUGAUCUGGUCUGUUCCCCUUCUCAAGAAGAAGAGGACCUGUUCCUAUUCCACUCCACUCCUCCAGAUCCAAGGAGCCUUCGGUCCGUGUCGUCCUUUUGCGAGGCGCGAUGUUGGAUUCGGCUUGAGAGAAGAUACGACAAGUGAGUUUCGAUGUGGGACUUGUGGGAGUGUCUUCAGCGACACGCGUCCAAACAAGCCUUGGCGGAAGUUCCGAGGUUGUCUUGCAGGAUCGGUCGGGCGUGCUGAUCGCGCCUUCAAGGUCCUUCGGUAUGGGGUAUCGAAGGUCUCUAUUCAAGUCUUCAUUCGGGAGAAUGUACCGAUUGAAAGUUUGGCUUAUUCGGCCCGGCCUCACAAGGUUGGUCUCAACCUCGUUCACUUUCCAUGUGUCAUGAUUAUUAAGAUUGCAUUGGCUUUCCUUGUAUUGUUUCUGUUUUCACGUAACAAUGUUCCCUAA